AUGGCGUUGUUAGCAUCUUUGCUAACAGCAGUCGCCACAGCUGACGAGGCGGCUUGCAGACGCUUCGUUGCCUCUGCAGAUGUGCGAGAUCCAGAUCAGCGCUUGACAUAUCUGGAAUGCAUACUCUCAUUCGCUUCGACGCUGGGUCUUGAUGAGCCCUGUCUCGAGGCACUGGCGUUGUUGGUCUCAGGGCCGCUCAGUGUCACAGCCGUGUUGAUUUCUGAAAAAAUUCGCGAUAGCUGGGAAGAGCUGGCCGCCAACUUGGGCGAGGUUCUGAAAGGCGUGGACGUGAUAGUCGUAACUGAGUUGCCCGACGACAUCAAAAUACAGUAUAUCCCGAACGUUCGUUGCAAGAAGUUGGUCGAUAAUUCUCCGAUGGAUUGGGAGCAGCUUCGCAGCAUGCCGGUCAUGGCGAGAGGGUCCUUCCGGCAGGCCUACAAGCUGAAGACGGCUUGGAUGCUGAUGGAGCAUUUCGAGCACCUUCGUGGAGAGUCGUACCGAUACACUGUGCGGCUACGUACAGAUUGGCACCCGACGAUUUCGAUAGCGGAUUUAUUGCAAUCUUCCCAGAUUGUGCCAGGUAGCAUUUAUCAACGUUCCGAUGUGUUUGCCUAUGGUCUUCGGCACGAUAUGCAACAGUGGGUCCUGUACAGUUUCAGGCUCAUGGAAAACAGCUUCUCAAAUGCUCUGGUUGAAGGCGUGAAGCAUUACAGGCCCUUGAAUUGGAGCCUUGUCGCAUUGAGUGAAGUCGGAUGUGCUCCAUUCUCUUGGCUUAUGUUCCCACGAGAGGUCAUUGGCGACAUAUCCCAACUUGGUCCAUAUUGGCCGGCAGAAUAUCCCACUCUGGUCCUUGACGCGGUCAUAUUCCACGAGAGACGCCUUCUGCAAUUUGAUGCGAAACUGAUGGCAAAGCUAUCUGACAGCGAUGAGCCUCAGGCAUCCAUCUCUCCAUAUCGCAACGUCCCUGCAGUGAGCGUCAAGUGCUGCACUUCGGAUGACUUUGAAAUCGAGCUGGCGCUCUUACACAACUUGUAUGACCAAGGGCUUCUAUGCCGUGCUCCACGCAUCCCUGCUGAACAAUGGAGGUCUUACAAGCCCUACAUGGUACCUAGCUAUUGA